GCGAUGGUGGUGGUAGAAGUGCUGGUGGUAGUAGAUGUACCGAUUGUUGUAAAUGACGAUGUUGAUGAUGACAACAACAAUGACGGCAGUGGUGAUGCUGAUGGUAGUAAUAGGGCGCUGAUGAUGAUGAUGGUGAUGACGACGACGAUGAUGAUGAUGAUGGGGUGAUAAUGUUAGGGAUGGAGUUGCUGCUUUUGAUGAUGUUGAUGAUGAUGCUGGUAACGAUGAUGAUGAUGAUGACGAUGACAACUAUAAUGGCAAUGGUGGUGGUGAUGGUGGUGGUAAUGGGGUAAAGAUGUUGGUGAUAGGUUUGCUGAUUUCAAUGAUGAUGAUGAUGAUAGCGAUGAUGAUGAUUUAGUUUACCUCAGAACCACCCAAUUCGUUCCUAGUUUGUGAUUUACAAUUACUUAAAGCUUGACACUUACAGCUGAAGGUCACUCGGUGCUUAGUAAAUGGUCUGUAGAAUGGAAUGACCCUUUCCAUAGUGGAAUGCACUGGCCCCUUUUCAAAGAUGCUGUAUCACAUCUACAGCCUGGUUCAAAAUAUCAACUUAAAAUGAAGAAAAGUUUCAAAAAAAAAAAAACAAGAAAAACCCAUGAAAAUACCAAGAUAUACAGAUGUACCAAAGACGACCAUUUACAUUCUCCUAGAUGGCAUCAUUUGAAAAUAUGUUGCUGAGACCUAUAAAGAAGUUCCUGUUCUUCCAGCGUGAUGGGAUGAUAUCAACACGAAUAAAUUACCAAAACCUGUUUUUGGGUCUCCUCUCGAUAUCUCUGGUGAUAUUACUCAGCUUCACUGUUCGUAUGCAACCAAACCAUGUGAUAUUUUCGUCAAGUAGGAAUAUCAAUGAAGUAAGCCGCAUGAGACAAGAACCUUCGGAGUACACUGGAUUUUUGGUUGAAACAGAUAACUGUCGAAUUCCCAACCUCGACCCUUUCGAGCCUUCAGUUAGAUUUUACAUAAAGCUGAAUGGAGUCUUGCGGUGUCCAGACAAACCAGUUUUGACCUACCAGGAAGAUAAUUUCAUUAGAAUUAACAGAACAGCUAUACAGUAUUACAACCUAAGAGAUUUCAAAAAAUGCAAGUAUCAAGCAAUUGUCCGACCAAAAGAUAAAUCAGACUUUAAGUUUGAAUAUGUACAAACCGGAAUAUGGUUCAGUAGUGAUACAAGGAGCAAGCAUGAGUUUGUCCGAGUCAUGUGCUACAGCGAAAGUGGUGGGCUGAUGUACAGCAAUUUCCACUCUUUUAUCAUCCGAGACCAAAACUUAGUGAAACGAAGAACCAAAUAUUUUCAUAAGUACCAAAAGCGAAAUCCUAACAUUAAAGAAAAAUUUAAUGUCUUAAUGAUUGGAGUGGAUUCAGUCUCUAGACUUAAUUUCAUUCGACAAAUGAAGAAUACACGUAAGUAUAUAUUAGAGAGGCUCGGAGCUUAUGAAUUGGCUGGUUACAAUAAAGUAGCUGAUAAUACAUUUGUGAACGUUGUCCCAUUGACUGCUGGUCUAUAUGUCAAAGAACUCCCUUGGACUGAGAAACUCUCUCAUAAGCCUUUUGAUAAUUACUCCUUUAUCUGGAGGAAUUUCUCUGACAAUGGUUACAUGACACUCUAUGCAGAAGAUGCUCCAACAAUCUCCAUUUUCAAUUACUUAAAAGCUGGAUUUCAUAAACCUCCAUGUGAUCAUUACAAUCGGCCAAUUUUCCUGGCCUUGCAGCGAAGUAAAAAUCUCUGGACCAAUAAACAUUGUGUUUUAGAUCGUUUGGAGACUGACUUUGUUUUACGCUAUGUUUAUGAUUUUGCUAAGACAUAUCGGGAUAAGCCUCACUUUGGUUUUGCAUUUAUAACCGGUCUCACACAUGCAGAUAUUAACGAUGUCGGCUAUGCUGAUGAGCCUUAUUUCCAGUUCUUCAAAACAAUGUUUGACGAAGGACAUCUCAACAACACAGUAGUCUUCUUCUACAGUGAUCAUGGAUCAAGGUUCGGCAAGUUUCGUACGACGUAUCUUGGUAAACUGGAAGAACGACUGCCCUUUAUGUUUCUGAUAUUUCCACCUUGGUUCCGUAAGCGUUACCCUAACCUGGACAGAGUUUUAAGAACCAAUGCAAAUCGCCUGACCACACCUUUUGAUAUCUAUGAAACACUUGUAGAUAUUUUAUAUUUUGAUGGCCAGGUAAGAAAUUUGUUAGAUUAUCUUGAAUAUUAACACACUUGACUCAGA